AUGAAAAAGAUCUACAUUGGCAAAACAGCUCUUAAAACAGCCCGAAAUGGUUGUAAGCAUUCGAAAAAGAGUUCUCUGCAGGAGCAGAAGGAAGACCUGCGUAAACGUCUCUCCUACACCACCCAUAAGCUGGAGCUGCUGGAGAGCGAAUUUGACUCCACCCGUCAGUACCUGGAGACGGAGCUCCGCCGGGCGCAGGAGGAACUGGACAAAUUCACGGACAAAUUACGCAGGAUCCAGAGCAGCUACUCAGCACUGCAGAGAAUCAAUCAGGACCUGGAGGACAGGAUCCACCGUAAUUCUCAACACCAUGACGACGAGAAGAGAGCUUUGAGCCGAGAGAUCAUCGUCCUUAACAACCAUUUAAUGGAGGCCAAGAUGACCAUUGAGAAGCUGCGUGAAGACAAUGACCUGUACAGGAAAGACUGCAACCUGGCUGCUCAGCUACUCCAGUGCAACAAGUCUCACUACAGAGCCCAGCUCUCUGAGCUGCCUGCUGAUUUUCAAGAGCGAGUGAGCCGACACAUGGAGGGUUCUCCUCUCUGCCACUCCCCCUACUCUGACUCCGUUCCCACCUCCGUUAUCGCCAAGGUCCUGGAGAAACCCGACGAGGGCUGUAGCGGGAGCAGUCAGGCGUCGCGUACGCCCAGCCCGCAGCAGCACCACCCAGAGCCCACGUUUCUCCUGGCGAGCCCCGUGGGUGUGGGGGAGCGUCAGGGUCUCCUGCUCCGCGCCGCCUACAAGUCCGACCUGUACAGCAGCGACACGGCUCUGUACUGCCCAGACGAACGCCGCCGCGAACGCCGGCCCAGCAUGGACAUCCAUCGGGGCCAGAGCGCCACCUACGGCCCUCAGAACUCCACCGACUCCAACCCCGACGAGGUCUCACCAGGCAUGACGCCUCCUGGUUUUACGGGCCAGGAGCAGCAUCACUUCAGCAAGUUCUCCACCUCCCUGGGCGGGGCCUCCAGCUCCUACUCCAGUUUCAGCGGGGGCGGCUCGGAAGAUAAAGGCCAGGACCCACCCAGCAGCGUUGGCUCCUCCCCUCACCACCAGGCCAUGGUCUAUAUGGAUUGGCGGGAUGGGGGCGGAGACUACGAGCACAAGAGUGACUCCUCCUGGGAGAGGGACAGUCCCAGUUUCGGGAGUAAAAUGCACGGCUUUCCACAGACGGAGCCCGGAGACCACCACCCACACCUGCAACACCACCAGAACAGCAGCUCGCCCGUCUACAGCCGCGCCCUUUCCUCUUCCUGUUUCAGCGAGCCUUACGAGCCCCUCCCACGCUCUUCCUCUCCCAGCGUCGCCUACGGCGACAGCCGCCGCAGCAGCGCCUUCGCCCCUGAGGAGGAGGAGGAAGAAGAAGAAGAGGAGCUGAUCGGUCGAUGGCGUCAGCUGAGCGCCGAGGACCUGAGUCUGAGCGCUCACUCGUACCGCAGUCCCGGUCGUGCCUCGCCCUACAGCUUCUCCGAGCAGCACUUCUCCGUCCGGCCCGCCAAAAUCCGGCUGGGGCCGCUCUACAGCAGCUUCCAAGAGGGGACGGACGCUUACCACCAUCACCACGCCGCAGCGGUCCUGGGGGACCCGUUCUCCAGCCCGAGCCCGGAGUGCGGCCCGGCUCUGAGGCAGCAGCACAGCCAGGCCCAUCUGUACCGGGCCAAGGAGGAAAGCCAAGAGUCUGAGCACAGCAUCUACAGUCCCAAGGACACCAGGGACGGAGCGGAGGCGGGCGGAGAGCCCAACGCCGAGUACGUGGACGUCAGUCCCAACAGCUCGGUGGAGUCUUUGAAUCACGGCUCCCUGGAGCACUACCAGGCGGAGAGGCACUGCGCCUCCCCACAGGGGACCUCCGCCUCCACGCCUCCACCACCCACCACUCAGCUGCAGUACCAAAAAUUCGGCUCUCUGGGACUCUCGCGGAAGGAUAGCUUGACCAAGGCGCAACUGUACGGAACGCUGCUGAACUGA